ACUACCUACCGUACUUUAUGGAAUUCUAAACUGCAAUUUCCAAUAAAGUUGCUAUAUUUUAUGCACAUUAGUAACAUGGUGUUCUUUUUAAAUUAUAAUGUAAAGCAAACACUGUGAUCUCAAGACGUGUUUAAUGCAGUACAGUAUGUGUCUAUAGUUUACAAUGGAGCCGAUUCAAGUCUUCGCUAGUGACUCAAGUUAAUUCCAGACAGUAAGCCGGUUUAAGCAAAAAAAUGGAAGAAGAUGACGAUUACGUUGAAAAUAGCUGGGACUAUAUUACGUUGUGUGCGGAACCAACACUCUUUGAAGGACUACGUUUUGCUAAGGAUUUACUUAUAGCGAAUUUGUCGUUGCGGAUGUUAGUGCAGUAUAUUCCCCUACCGCAAAUCGUUAAACAUACCUUAUCUCUUAUUAUCGGACUUCUUUUACUUUAUCAAAACAUUGGAAUAGCUUUUGUGUGGACUAUUGGAUUAUGUGUUGGGUCAUAUGUUUGUAUUGCAUUGCUGUCUCAACUAACAGAUAGAUGGAAAGGGUUCAUUAUGAGCGUAAUGAUCAUAUCAUUUCUUCUUUCGUGUGAAGUUUAUGUGCUAAACCCAAAAAUGUGGCAACAAAUAAGAGGUAUUCAGAUGAUAGCAGCCAUGAAAAUAAUAUCUGUUGCAAUUGAUUUAGAUCGCAAUAUGUUCAAACAGAUGUUAAACCCUCUGGAGUUCGGAGGCUAUGUUUUCUGCCCGGCUAACUCUAUAUUAGGACCUUGGAUACAGUUUCAUGCAUAUAACCAGUAUUUAAAUGUAAAGUUCUUGUGUAGAAGAUGGAUAAAAAUUAUAGUAUUAAAAUUAUUGGAAUCCCUAUUCUUUUUAGUACUGUCAAAUUGUAUUGUGCCUUGGUACAUCGAUGAUGAUACUUCAAAAUGGCUUGUAGCAUACCGUGAUGCUCAGUCUUUCAGGAUGUCCCACUACUUUGUCUCCAGUAUGUCCAUAGUAUCCAUGACGAGUGCUGGAUUCGGCCUCACGAAUGAUUGCCACUUGGAUCUCCAAGUGACAAAACCAUUGUUUAUUGAAUUACCCAGAUCUCUAGUGCAGGUUGUUAUCUUUUGGAAUAUUCCCAUGCACCAAUGGCUUAAAAAUUAUGUUUUCAAACCAUGUCAAACGUGUGGUCAGUUCGCUGCCAUAUUCUUAACCUAUGUUGUGUCAUCUUUAUUACACGGCUUCAACUUUCAAUUUUCAGCUGUGCUUCUGAGCAUUGGAACAUUUUCGUAUGUAGAGUACAAUUUCAGAUACAAAGUUGCAUCAGCUCUAGAAGUGUGCUGUUUGGCCAACCCAUGUGUCAAACAAUGCGAGCACAAGUAUAAGAAGAACAGUUUUCUUGCAAUGUUUGUCAACACAAUAUUUUCUAUUGUCACAAUAAUACAUUUAGCUUAUUUGGGUGUAAUGUUUGAGGCAUCGUUUGCCAUUCAAGAGUCAGGGUAUUCCUACUAUCACACAAUGAAUAAGUGGGAGAAUCUCAAUUAUUUUAGCCACUGUCUAGCCGCCUUUAUGUUUGUGAUAUAUCUAAUGAUGUGAUAAAAUUAGUUUUAAUUCAUGGUAAAGUAUUUAAAAAGCAAUAAAAUAAUA